CAAAAUGAAUUUUCCGGCCACCGAUGGCCGGAAAUGCGUGAACAGAACCGUAUAGAUUCAGUUAAGUGGUCCAUAGUGGGCUUCACUUUCAGGAUCUGCCUAUCUUGUCGGGCCUCGUGAAUAACAGAUUUCUCUCUCUGGCUUUCUGCAGAGCUCGGAGAGGAAAGGGCCCGAGUCUUAUGCGGGUCGGAUCCGUAACCGAAAAUAAAACCAGUUCUAAACUGAAGAAGAAUAAAAAUGAAAAUAAUUUAAUCAAAGCUCGUUCUCCUUCCUCCACGUCCACCUGUACCGUCGUCGCCUUGGUGAAGACGACGCCACUUCAGAAGGAGAAUUGAGACACUGCCGGAGGACCAAAUGCAGGAAGAAGAAUAACCGGAAUGGGGAGCAAAAUUUCGCGGACGACGCAGGUAUCGGCGUCGGAGUACUACCUGCAUGACAUGCCGUCUUUCUACGAUCUCGUGCUGAAGGAGGUGCUUGGGAGGGGGCGAUUCUUCAAGUAGAUACAGUGCAAGCACGAUGAGGGUCUGGUCCUUGUUAAGGUCUACUUGAAACGCGGCGAUUCCAUCGAUCUCCGCGAGUACGAGCGCCGCCUCGCACACAUCAUGGAAACUUUCCACUCCCUCGAGGAUCCUCACGUCUGGCCCUUUCAGGGAGGAGGCUGUGUUAUCUUGCACCUGAGGUUGUUUGUUGUUCUUGAUAUUUUUAGCUGGGACACCAGUUUGAAUUGGGCUUCUAAAGAAAUAGCAACUCAAUGCAAGAGAGUAGUUGGAUAUGGAUGGUUCUUACAGAAUUGUAACAUCGCUGAGUGGUUUGAUAUAGAUGGUUCCUAAACUUGAUUUGGUGUGUCUAUUUGAUGGUUGUAGGUGUCUGAGAUAGACUGCAAGAUUCUACAAAGUUUAAAAGUACUUGGAUUAUUGUUCAAUAAAGGCUUGCAACAUUU